AUGUUAACUUUAAUGGAAGAACUAGAAGAGAAAGAAAUGGUUAAAUACGAUGAUUCACUAAAAAUUAAAAACUAUUCAACUUCAUUCAAUCUACUAUCAAAUGACAAAGUUCCAGACCUUCGAAAUCUAAAAUAUAAAACUAAUACUGAUCAUUUAAAUUGUCCUAUAUGUCAACAACCUUUCAUAAAUCCAUUAACAACAAUAUGUGGACAUACUUUUUGUAAAGAAUGUAUACAUGAAUGUUUAAAAUCACUACAUAAUAAUAAUAAUAAUAAUAACAACAACAACAACAACAAUAGUAAUAGCAAUAAUAACGAAAUUGUUACAAUAGGUCAUUGUCCUUUAGAUAGAACCCCAAUAGAUUCAGCAAAUAUAAAUGAUUUAUUCCCAACUCCUUUAAUAGUGACAAAUCUAAUAGAUGAUUUAAAAGUUUAUUGUUUGAAUCACGAAAGAGGUUGUGAUUGGUCUGGUAGUAGAUGGGAAGUUGAACAUCAUAUAUUAGAUAAAUGUCCAUAUACUGGAGUAAUUUGUAAUGGAAAAAGAAAAUCAAAUGAUGAACUUGAAGAAGAAAAAGAAGAAGAAGAUUUAAAAAGUGCAACAUGUUGUAAAUUAAUAGUUGAAAGAAGACAUUUUGAAGAUGUUAAAUUAAAUGAAUGUGUUCAUAAAAUAUUUAAAUGUGAAUUUUGUGAUGAAGAAAUAACAAAAAUAACAAAAUUAAAUCAUUUACAAAAGGAAUGUUUAUAUAACUACAAGACUUGUAAAAUAUGUGAUAAUGAUUCAAUACCUGAAAAAAAUUUAGAAAAACAUCAAGAAAAUUGUAUUAAAACUGGUAAAAUAAAAUGCCCAGCAAAUGAAAUUGGAUGUUUAUGGAUUGGUAAUAAUGAAACAUCUUUGGAAUUUCAUUUACAAAAUGGUAAUUGUCAAUUAAAUCAAUUUUUACCAUUUUAUAAAACCAUAAAUAAUAAAAUGAAUAAUUUAGAAAAAGAAAAUCAAUUUUUACAAAAACAAUUAUAUAAAAUAUUAGAUUCUAUAAUACAAGGUAAAAUAACAAAUUUAGGAUAUAAUGAAAAUAUAGAAGAAAUUAAUAAAUUUCAAAAUAUUGAAGAUCAAGAUAAAUUAAUUUAUUUAAAUUUUGAAAUUGAUAGAUUAAAAUUUGAAAUUAAUGAAAAAUUAAUACCAUUUAUGAAUAAAACUAAAACUAAUAAUGAACAAGAUACAAUGAUUAAAAAUUUAAUAAAUGAUAAUUUUAUAAUGAGAGAAGAUAUGAAUUUACAAAGAAUUAUGAUAAAUAGUUUAAGAAAACAAUUACAAUUUUUAUUAUUUUCAAGAAAUAGAAUAACUGGUGGUAAUAAUAGUAAUAAUAAUCAAAAUUUGAAUCCGUUGACAUUUGGUCCAAAUAUAGGAUCACCUUUACAUAAUGAAGAAAUGAUGAUGAUGAUGCCAGAAAUGUAUGAAAUUGGUUCAAGAAGUAAUUCAGAAGAAAGAUUAAAUAUAAAAUUGUAA